AUGGCUGGCUCUGCAAAGUACCUGCUGCUCGUCGCAAUUGCGAUCCUCGUCCUCCUACCUGCGAAGGCGGACGCCUUUGGCGCUGGAAACAUCGCGUCCAUCUCAAAGAUUGAAGGAAAAAACUGGCGGCAUGGCGAUAUCGAAGACAUGCUUGCGACGGUCGCGUGUAUACGCGGUCACAAAUGGAAGUCGAUGAUGAUCAAGCGUGUGUACUUUGGCAACUGGCUACGGGACUAUUCACAGGCUGUCGAUACUGCUACCCUCAGCAAAGUCCAAGGCGAGACUAUCCGCUUGCUUGUGUGGAUACUUGCCUUCAUGUCCUUUGGAUACGCUACCGGAGAGUUUGAAGUUACUGCUGAGCGUCUGGGCACAUACCGACCUGAAGAACACAUUGACAAUCCCAAAGACUACGCCGACAACCAAGAUGCUCGCAAGUUUGAUCCACGGUUACGGGGCCCUGUUUCAGAGGCAGAACUUGCUGUUGAUCCCAAUACCGGAAUGAAAAACUACAUCGCAAAUGAGCAAGGUGGGUGGGCAACAUCAGCAGGCUACGUAAAGUAUUCUUUCUCGCGGGCCAUUCACUUUGGCAGGAUGUACACACACGGUCCUUCGGGCCAAUGCGGACGAGAAGAGGAUCUCUGCGAGGCCCUUCGAUGUCUGGGCCAAGGACUACAUUGCCUUGAGGAUUAUGGUGCCCACACGAACUACACUGAGCUCGUUCUGCGUGAGCUUGGAUACAACAACGUGUUCGCACACGUUGGUACUCAGGCUAGCAUUAACCUCCGCGGCAAGCACGUGUUCCCGCUUGUGACUGGUACCUUUGGAGGCGUUGACUUCUUCCAUUCGGUUCUCGGAGAGGCCACAGACCAUAUCAGCUCUGCGGAGAUUGAUCAGAUGGAUACUACGCUCUCGGAUGCUUUAACAAGCAACACGAAGGGAGGUGGUCCAGGUGCACUGGGUGGACUCACCGAUAUCCUGUCCAAAGUUCCUGGCACAAGCGGUCUUAUCCAGGAAGCGCAGACACUGCAAGCUUCUUCUGACGCUCAAGCUACGGCAAACGCCGGCCAUGGGUACCGCUCUGGAGGCUACGACAGCUUCGGUUCGCGUGCUGGUGCACAGGAUCAGUUUGGAGGAGCUCCUACGUUCGAUGCACCUCCAGGCUCAGUUGGAGGGCCCCCCGGUCCGAACAUUCCAGGCACUAACACUGAUCCAGCCACGAUCAUUCCAAAGAUUUACCCCAUCUUAGUCUUCAGAGACAGGGUAGUCCGUAGCAUCUCGGACAUUGUAUCCAAGAUUCCAGGCCUUGAGAAGCUGAUCGACACCAUCACAGAGCGCGUUACUCUGUUCGUGCUAUCGCUCCUCGCGCCUUUUGUCCUCCCUAUCAUCAAGAAUGCAUCUUCGCAGCUGAAGACAGGAUCCUCAGCCGUUGUCGAGGCCGCUGCCAAACAUCAGUUUGAUGUCUGGAACAACCCCAUGUCCACUGAUCCCACGCACUCGAUGCUCUCGAAAGACCAUUUCUCGAAUAUCCUUAACGAGCCAGCUGGCCAGGUCGCAGUCACCAUCCUGCAAUACGUCGUCCCACGUAUCAUGUACGCAUUCGACCAUCCUGAUGUGCCAGUCGAUCAAGUGCUUAACGACUGCGUGAGCGUGUUUCACCAUCCUGGACUGCGAGACUCACGCUCCGAGGUACACAACAGCAUGUUCAAGGUCGUCCAGGACUGGGCUCACGCCUACCAAGGCCAAGACCUCAACACUGUCCUGAGCUCCGAGUCGGUCAAGGCAGGAAAGAACCACAAAGGUGGCGACGACCACGCCGGCCACGGUGCAGCGGGUCUGCAGCAGUUUCAAGGACAUGGCGGACACAGUCACGGCGCGGGAAGCAACUACAACUUCGGCGCCAGCCACCAGCAAUCGUCCUCUUCGUCCGGAGGCGGUCUGCUUGGUUCGCUUACAUCGCAACUCCCUGGCGGUUUAGGCAGCGCAUUCUCCAGCUUCGGCAAGCGCGAGGGUCCAGAAGGCGAUUUCUCAAGUCCCCAAAGUUCGUCUGCGUACCAGCCCUCGCCCUCACCGCAGUCCUCGGGCUUCCAGCCUUACCAGUCCAACUACACCGGGGAGCCAUACCAGGCGCCCGCUGAGCAUGUAAAUUCGCAGCCAGUGGGUGGCUAUGGGUGGGGUGAGGCACAGUUUGCGAGCGGGCAGGUGCAUGAACCGAGCUACACUGUGCCGACAGGAUACCAGCAAGGUUUUGAAAACCAUGGAAACCCGGCGCAGCAGUACGGGGGUGGAGGGUAUUCGUAUGAUCAGGGUCAGGGUCAGAAUCAUGGUCAGAAUCAGGGACAAGGCGGUGGAAGGCAGUGGGGCGCUGGCGGUGGGAAUGCAGGCUGGUGA